AUGUCUGAUCCAACGAGUUCACGGUUUUCUACGCGGUUAUUCGCUAUCGUUCUCCCGGUCGCUGUAGCUGCGAUUCUCUUCCAGAUCGAACCCUUCGAUCCGGUUAUGUUGCCGGUUCGCCUGGACCAGUCCACCGUGGUGGUUCCAACACGUAACGGCCACCUGCGAGUUGGAUCUGAAGUGGUGGGCAAGGGACACUUGGAUGGCCCCGAAGACUUGGCCUUCGACCCCCAGUCACGUGUUGUUUACACCGGCUGUGAGGAUGGGUGGAUCAAGCGAGUCACGGUGAACGACUCGGCGGUUGACUCGGUUGUUGAAGAUUGGGUGAACACAGGAGGAAGACCACUGGGUCUAACUUUGCUACACAACGGUGAACUCAUUAUUGCUGACGCGGGAAAGGGAUUGCUGAGAGUGUCUAGUGAAAAGGAGAUCGAGCUGCUGGUAGAUGAGUUUGAGGGCUUAAAAUUCAAAUUAACAGAUGGCGUUGAUGUAGCAGAAGAUGGUACUAUUUAUUUCACAGAUGCAUCACACAAAUACCCUUUGAAGGAUGCUGUCUUAGACAUCUUGGAAGGGAAGCCUAAUGGCAGAUUCUUCAGCUAUAAUCCCGCAACAAAGAAGACAACCCUGAUUGCCCAAAACCUCUACUUUGCCAAUGGGGUUGCAGUUUCACCUGAUCAACAAUUUGUGGUCUUCUGUGAAUCUACCCUGAUGAGAUGCAGUAAAUAUUACGUACAGGGCCCUAAAAAAGGGUCCAUAGAGAAGUUCUGCGACGUACCUGGUACGCCUGAUAACAUUCAUUACGUUGGAGAAGGGCAGUAUUUGGUUGCAAUAUUCACGGCCUUUACUCCUGAAUUGGAUUUUGCAUUUAGAUAUCCUUUCAUUAGGAAGGUUGCAGCAAUUGUAACAAAAUAUGUGGUGAAUCUACCUAUCUCGAAGAAUGGAGGAUUCCUAGUGGUGGAUUUAGAAGGAAAACCAACUGCACAUUAUUAUGAUCCCAAACUAUCAUUGACUAGUGCGAUUAAAAUUGGGAAUCAUAUAUAUGCUGGUUCUAUUGAAUACCCAUUUGUAACGCGUUUUGACAUUGAGAAAUAUCCUGCUCUCCCCACAGUUUGA